AUGGCCUCCCCCGCAGCGCGAGUGCUGCUGCUAGCAGCAGUUGCAAGCGCUGCUCAACUACCGCGGAUUCACCCCACUGCGGCAUCCUCGUUGGGUGAGGGCACAUGGUGGGCCAAGGUGGGCGAUCACCUCGUGCACACUCCUGGCACGGAGAGUGGCCUUAGCUCCAACGUGGGGGAUUACUACUACGCAUAUGGCUCGCAUGGGGCACUGACAGAGGAGCUCCACGAGAAGCGCGUGGGUGGUGCUGGGCGCCUGCACAUCUUCCACCUCCCAGAGGGAAAGGAUUCUUUGGCCACGCAGCUGCCAAAGGUGGCAGGACGCCGGGAUUCUGUUAGCGCUCUUGUACAGCUGAACCAUAAGGAUGUGCUGUCAGAUGCGCGGCUUUUCCCGACGUACUCCUUGUCGGAGGAGUACACCUCUGGUCUGUCGCCAGCAGGCGAGCGGCUGGAGAAAAAGGUGGUCGACUCCAUAACGCCAAGCUCAACCAUGAGCCAGCUGAAGGAGCUGGUGGCGCUUGGCGAUGGAGCCACGCAAACACGGAGCUACUCCAAUCCUGCAGCGUCUGCUAACGCAGUCAGCUUUCUGGAAAGGAAGUUCAAGGAGAUGGGCUACUCUGUGUGCAAGCAGCAGUUUGGAGAGCAGACAUCUGUCAUCGCUAGCCUUCAGGGUAGCGAUGCCGCGGCGGGCUCGGUGACCCUAGGGGGCCACUACGACUCCCGCCCCUUCGAGGGCCUGGCGCCUGGCGCAGUCGACAAUGGAAGUGGCGCUUCGGCAGUGCUGUCUAUUGCAAAGGCGCUAGCUGAUGCCCAGGUUUUGCCAGAGCACUGGAAGAAAGCGCUGCGUGCAGAAGCGCUCGACUGGGACGAGCGAGAAUGUGAUUUGUGGUUUUACACAGAUGGCGAUUUCCACCCUAGAGAACCGGCAGCUGGCAAUUGGCAGUACGUUCGUGCAAAAGAAGGCCAGCCAGGCCGAGUUUCCGUGGUGACCGUCACAAUGGGCGACAGGCAGCGAUUUCACGAACUGCUGUUCUGGAACUUUCAGUGUCAAGUCUGGGACGAUAAGGAGCUGAUUGUCGUUGAGACCUACGAAGACGAGCCAAGUUCCUUCCUCUCUGGCAAGGCCGCAUGGACUAGCAACAUGAAGGUCAUUAGUUUGCAGCGACUUCCUGGCGAUGACCUGUCCAUAGGCGUAAAGAGGAAUAUUGGCAUUCAUGCUGCGAGCGGCGAGCUCGUGGCCCAUCUCGAUGAUGACGACCUCUAUGCACCAGGAUAUUUGGCCUUCAUGGCGACGAGGAUGAGCCACUUCGAGGGUGCUGCCGCUCUGAAGCUCUCAAGUUGGUAUGUUGGGAAUGCAGAGGCCGGUGCCUUUGGAUUUUGUGAUGCCGCUCGACUGGGGCGGAAACGUCACCUGAGCAGAAAAACGCCGAUUGUCAAGACAGGGCUGUAUUCGUUUGGCUUCACCUUGAUCUACAACAGGGAAGUUGCCUUGAAGCAUCCAUUUCCCGCCCAGAACCUUGGAGAAGACUACGAAUGGUGCACGCAGCUCAUGGACAAGCUUGGUGCGCGCAGUGUCGCGUUGCUGCCUGAUGAGUUUGGCGUUUGCCUGCAUGUUCAGCAUGGUGAAAACGUGUCAGACGUGGACCCUUUCGUCUACACAGAAGUACCCUUGAAAGAGAUCCGCACUCUUCGAGUGGUUGACUCUCCAGGAUUUCCAAGCUUCGUCAAGCUGGCAGAGCUGGUGGCUCGCGUUGAUGAAGCCCGUAAAGGAGGUGAACUUCCUCCAAAGCUGGCCAAAGAAGCUCGGGAAGCUGGCCUCAUCAGUGACAACGAUGACGCGGAGGGCGAGAUCAUGUGA